AUGUCCCAGUCAUAUCUACUACACAAGUCGCAACUUUGGCCGUUGCUAACAGAUCAGCUCGAUGCUGUUCAUCGUAAGAAAUCCAUCAAAUUGGCCAAUCUACCUGGUUCCAAACUUGUAGUAUCAGAUAUCAUAGAGGUAAUCAAAGAUUUUGUCAAUCUGUACAACCCUCCAUUAGAAUUAGAACGACUCCUGCUUCAAAGUUGUCAGCUAUCCGAAAUCUCUGGCAACUUCUCAUCAUUUUCAUCUUCCAUCAAAUACUUAGAUCUUCACCAGAAUAAUGUCCAUUCCAUCUCAGAAUCAAUCAUAUCCUGUUUUCCCAGCUUGGAGAUUCUUGAUCUUUCUUCAAAUAACUUGUCAACAUUGCCAGGAAAUUUAAGCCAACUUAAGAACUUACGAAUCAUCCUGAUCCGUAAUAACAAGUUCAAAUACUUGCCUCCCGUACUAGCGGAAUUACCCAGUAUCAAUUUGAUGGAGAUCGCUGAAAAUCCUUUAGUUGUUCCCUCGCUUGAACUCAUCAGAUCGUUACAAAAACUGAAUAGCGACUACGAUUGGAUUCUUGAACUAAAAUCGUACUUGAUGGCUCACAAAUCACUUUUAGACUUCAAAAUUCAAGAGCAGCAACAAAAUCUCCAGAAACAAAGCCAGCCUCUUCUGGCACCUCCUGCUUUACCCAAUGGUCAACAGCCAAUGCUUACAAGACCCAAAAGCAUCUCAGACAAGUCAAAGGCAUCUAGAGCAGCAAGAAGAAUGGGAUUGUUGAUUAAACGAGAAGAUGCCUCGAGUCCCCCAAGUUCAGCUGAUGCCAGUAGUGUCAGUAUCCAUGAUAGCACUAAUGAUACGUUUGCGUCUUCAGGUGUUCUGAAUGCCAAUUCAACUCUAGAUGAUACUACUGCCAGCUUCCCAUUUGCUUCGCAGGCUCAAACCAAUGGAAAUCACACAUCAAAUUCUCCAACAUCUAUUGCCGCACCAAUCUCUAAGACUGCUAAUGCUUCUGUGGCUUCAUCAAAUACAACCAGAAACAGAUCUCGGUCUAAUACGCUUAAGGAAAUAGAUAGGAUUUUAGAGAAAAACGAUAAAGUUGAUACAGAACACAAAUCGGGCGCUUAUUUCAGAAGGUUAUCUACUCUACAAGAAAUUCCAGGAGAUAAGAAGGAUGUUCAAUCCGAGAAUGUGAGACUGAUCCAAAACUCUCAGACCACUAAAACUAAUGAAGAUACAAUUACAAAAACACAUUCGGCAGCAAAUAGAACAGCUCCCGCAAUAGUUUCCAAUGACAUUUCUCCUUCAAGAACCAAUCCAGUAGCUGUUGCCAAUAAGAAACACCUGAUACUGUCAAUUGUGAAAGUCUCCCGAAAAGUAUUGUUUUCUUUCAGCGAGUUGCAUUCCUCGGUAAGAAGAUUCACUGGAUUCUGCGCUGACAAGAAGGUCACCAUGAAAAUGGUUUCUCUCUUGUAUACAACCAAAUCCAACAUAGACUCGUUGGUAGAGAAUUUGGAGAUUAUGGAAGAAACAGGUACCAACCUAGACCAAAUUGUCGCCUCCUUACAUGUUUGCAUCAGUUCAUUCAAGGCAAUCAUGACUUUGCUUAGUGAAAACUUUGCAUCAUUCGUAGACAAGAUAGAUGUCUGUUUCAUUCGGAUGCUCUACUUGACGCUUUAUGGGUCGUUCAACGAGUUACUAAAUGCCUACAGAACACUUUUUAAUGUACCAGUUACCGCUGCUGCAACUGAGUCGACAAAACAAAAAUUGUCUAUCAAUACUACUCAUUUCGACCACGAUGAUGUAGAUGAAAAAUUAUAUGUUACAAUUGAUUCUGCUACUACCACAGCUCAAAAUAUCUUCAGCGAGUUGAACAAAGCCAUCAAUAAGAGUGCAAUUGCCAGUGCCUCAUCUUCAGAUCCAGCGACAAAUGCUAGUGUUGCCAACAAGGUCAACGAAUUAACCAAUGUCUGUGUGUCAUUUUUUGAUAUUACAAAGAGAUUGAAGACGAAGUUGAUAACUAUUCGAAAUAACCCUUCUCAAACAACUAAAAAGUCGUUUGGAGAAGAUAUCAAUUUGUUUAUCAAAUCCAUAGUUCAAACAUUAGCUUGUGUCAAGGGUAUUGUCAAGGACUUGCCUAUCUUAGAUGACAUUAGGGCUUCUAUGUCUACUUUGACAAAGACUGCAAAGGAAGUGACGUAUAUGUUAGAAGUUUCAUCCUACAAGACUUUGGCUACGGAUAGUACAGGUACGCAAUAUCCGCCAGCAUUGGUAUCGAUACCCAGUGUAUCGAAUCUCUUUACUCCUGUAUCUGCUCAUCCACCAUUGCAAUCGCCGUCGCUGGUUAACUUGGCUCAGCUUGCAAGUAAUGGAAACAUGGGAGUAACUAGAACACCUUUGACUUCAUCGUUAACGGCUUCUUCCAUCAAGACUCCGGGACUUGUUAAUGGCCACAACAUUGGUCCAUUGACAGCCCCGACGCAGUCUUCUGGCCAGUACUAUGCUAAGAACGGCAUGAAUCCGUUUGAUGGUUUAAUUAUGGCUAGUCGUAAUCAUGACAGAGAGAUUGUAGAUGCAGAAUAG